UCUUCUUGGUUUUGUGUGGUUCUUUGAUAAGGAGAUCAGAUAACGCAUAAGCGAUCAUUUGGGCAAUCUGUUUCCUCUCAACUAGAUGAAGAAUCAACUUUGUUAUUCAAAUACAUAAAUGGAGGUUUAAUUUAGUGUUAUUUACUUAUUUUGGUAUGAGUUAGUAGGUAGUAUGUCACGGUCUGUUAUGGUUUACCGUGGUAAACCGCGAUCCAGGCCACUUCAGACCACACUAAGGAGGAGACCGCAAACCAGACUAGACCAUAGUUCUGGUCUCAUGGUCCACACCAAACCAUACGAUACACUCUAGCCUGCGGUUCCCCAUACGGUUUGGUCUAGAUUCCCAGCCAAAGUGGAACCGAUGGUGGAGGAAGUCGCCGAUGUCAACAUGGAGGAGCUUGUCAGGCCAGACUAUCCCAGAAACGGGGACAAGGCUAACAACGGAGACGAUGGCUUCAGUGUGCAUGAAGACGAUGAUUUUGUGCCUCAUCUUGUUGAGCAGGUUGAAGAGGAAAAAGAUGGCACUGAGAAUCUCGCCGACGUCACCAAUCUUGGCAAGGCUACCAUGUGAUGUUACGACUUCCGAAGGAUUGGUAGUGUUAGUUGAGUAAUACGCAUAAUUAUGCUACCACUCGGAGUGUUGUGGUAUUGAUGCUAGUACAUGUUUAGUGGUAGUCUCCGAGCGGUAAAAGUUACGAUGAUGGUGAUAGUUUAUGCCUAGUGGUACUAAACGAUUGGUACAAUUAACCUAGUGGUAGUAACCUACUGGUACAAGGUUCCUAGUGCUAGUAAUUGAUACAAGUUACGUUGUAGUAUUCUGACAUUCAAGUGGUAGUCUUUGGUAGUAUUACUCCAGUGUGUCCUCUCAUGCAUCUUCUUGUUAAAUAUAGGUGUGCUAUGAACUAUCAUUAUAGCAGACAAUUCAACAUGAAAACACCUGUGUUUCAAGAAUUAAGAUGAAUUACAAGGUUUACAAGAACUUUGCUCACAGAGGAGGCUUCUCUACAAGGAAGGUUGGAGCAGUGAAGAAAAGAAGGUCAUACUUUCCAACACCAUUCAUAGACUAUUUUGGAGGUGACUGCAACAAAGGAGGUUACAUGAAAGGUAGCAGGAUAUACCCGAGCAAUGCAUAUGAGGUUGUGGACUUAGAGUGUCCGAAAACAAAGAGAAAGGGGAGAAACUCGUUUUGGGUGCAAAGAUAUUGCAAUGUGCAACUACGAGCGGUCGUCCGAGAAGUGCAAGAUUUACAAAUGGACGGACGAACUUGACCAUGAACUGCACAAUGCAUGACAUUUUAUGUGCUCAAAGCGCGAGGUAAUGACAAAUAUGCAUACUUGGCGCAAAUAAACGUUGGUGCAUGGAUUCCAGUUCAAAAAUAUUAUGAUUCAUUUGCUUCUGCCUUCUACGGUACCCUGGGUGAAAUCCGGGGUAUCGCAUACCUUGAGUAUAAAAACGCUAUCUAGACCUCGAAUUAACAAGAUUUUUGGGCAUGAUACUAUACCCUUACCCUUAAUGAGUGAACCCUAGGUCCUAAUUAUCUAAAUCAUAAACAAUAAACCCUAAGAUGGUGCAUUGAUUUUUUUGCCAAUGUUUGGACGAAUCAUAACCGUCGAGUAUUAAUUCUAAUUAAAUUGAUCUUGGGGUAUAGGAUUUAGAUAAUUAAGACCUAAAUUUUGAUCUUUAAGGGUUAGAGUAUAACAUCAUGUCCGAAAGAUCAGUCAAUUCAAGUUCUAGAUAGUUUUUUUCUUACUCAUGGUAUGCGGUACCCCGGAUUUCACCCUGGGUACCGUAGAACUCCCCAUAUAUAUAUAUAUAUAUAUAUAUAUAUAUAUAUAUUACAAAACCUAGUCUUGUAUGGUCUUAUUGAUAUUUGUUACAAAAACUGUUUUCCGGCGAGGAAAACUGGUGUUUGAUUAUGUGUGAACUAAACCUAAUCGUUGAACUCGAAGAUAUGCAUCGAUUUGAUACAUUAGUCAUGAAUCAUCUGAGUCAUGAUCAGAUUCUUAUGAUUUAUGCUUUAAUCUAUAAGUGAGAAUAUCUGGAUAGGUUAAUAAAGUUUCAUUUAUUGG